CAGGAGAGUGCUUGGGAUGGAGCCCAGGAUCCCAUCCGUGUGUUCUACCACAGACGGCAUCUCAGACACCUUACGUUUGGAUCUUAAGAAAUCCCAAGGAUUGGCUUUUGGCUAUAACUUGUCCAAUUUGCAGCAGUUGGGACCUGAAAGACCCAGGCACCUCUGAGAAACUAUAAAGGAGAACUAGUGUCGUGGCCCAGGAAUGGCCUGCAGGAAGAACCAUCUGGAACAAAGAGCCGCACCUUGUCGUUUUGUCUGCUGCAGGAUGGCUGAACUGGCCCUGCACCCGUGUCCUUGGUGUGAGCAGGCCUGCGGUGUCAGGGCUGGGAAUUGUUCUUCAAUAAUCACACACCCAUCACAAUGGAGGCGCAGCCAGACUGGGGAGAGGGAUAUUCUGUUGGAUUUUGCCUUGGCCUGAGAAGCUGAGUGAACUUGCCAUCAGAAGACAACUGGGUGAACACUUCUGGGGGCUGGGUUACACAAUAUCCUCCUAUGUAGGAGACCUACAGACUAACUACAUGUCCUACAAGAACUAACAGAUGGUCUUUCGCUCCUGGAGACACAUUAGACACAUAAACAUGGUGCCAACAGAAGAAGUCCUUCCCUUUCUCUGACUACAGUUUACUUGCGCAUACUUUUAUACUGAAGAGAAGUAUAUCCCCUGAGCCACCCGUGCGGAGACUGUCGUGUAUGACCAUGGACCAUCCUGGUAGGGAAAAAGAUGAAAGGCAACGGACAACCAAACCCAUGGCACAGAGGAAUACACAUUGUUCCCGACCCUCCGGCUCCUCCACGUCCUCUGGGGUUCUUAUGGUGGGACCCAACUUCAGGGUUGGCAAGAAAAUAGGGUGUGGGAACUUCGGAGAGCUCAGACUAGGUAAAAAUCUCUACACCAAUGAAUACGUAGCUAUCAAACUGGAACCAAUAAAAUCCCGUGCUCCGCAGCUCCAUUUAGAGUACAGGUUUUAUAAACAGCUUGGCGGUGCAGGUGAUGGUCUCCCGCAGGUGUAUUACUUUGGGCCGUGUGGGAAAUACAAUGCUAUGGUGCUGGAGCUCCUCGGGCCUAGCUUGGAGGAUUUGUUUGACCUCUGCGACCGGACUUUCACUUUGAAGACCGUGUUAAUGAUAGCCAUCCAGCUGCUUUCUCGAAUGGAAUAUGUACACUCAAAGAAUCUCAUUUACCGAGAUGUCAAGCCAGAGAACUUUCUGAUUGGCCGGCAAGGCAAUAAGAAAGAACAUGUUAUACACAUUAUAGACUUUGGACUGGCCAAGGAAUAUAUUGACCCUGAAACCAAAAAACAUAUACCUUAUAGGGAGCACAAAAGUUUAACUGGAACUGCAAGAUAUAUGUCUAUCAACACGCAUCUUGGCAAAGAGCAAAGCCGGCGUGAUGAUUUGGAAGCCCUGGGCCAUAUGUUCAUGUAUUUCCUUCGAGGCAGCCUACCCUGGCAAGGACUCAAGGCAGAUACCUUAAAAGAGAGAUAUCAGAAAAUUGGUGACACCAAAAGGAAUACUCCCAUUGAAGCUCUGUGUGAAAACUUCCCAGAAGAGAUGGCAACCUACCUGCGCUACGUCAGGCGAUUAGACUUCUUUGAGAAACCUGACUAUGAGUAUUUACGGACCCUUUUCACAGACCUCUUUGAAAGGAAAGGCUAUACCUUUGACUACGCCUAUGACUGGGUCGGGAGGCCUAUACCUACUCCAGUAGGGUCAGUCCACGUCGACUCUGGUGCAUCGGCAAUAACGCGAGAAAGCCACACACACAGGGAUCGGCCCUCACAGCAUCAGCCUCUGCGAAACCAGAACGCAUCGUCAGAGCGCCGAGGAGAGUGGGAAAUCCAGCCCAGCCGGCAGACCAAUACCUCGUACCUGACGUCUCACUUGGCUGCAGACCGCCAUGGGGGUUCAGUGCAGGUGGUUAGCUCAACCAACGGAGAGCUGAAUGUUGACGACCCCACGGGCGCCCACUCCAACGCACCAAUCACGGCUCACGCUGAGGUGGAGGUAGUGGAGGAAGCUAAGUGCUGCUGCUUCUUUAAGCGGAAACGGAAGAAGACCGCCCAGCGCCACAAGUGACCAGUGCCUCCCGGGAGUCCUCGGCUGGGGACUCAGACCAGAUUGCACCGCAGCUCCUGCCAUUUCUCUUUGGAAGGGACUCCCCUGUGGGGGAGGGUGGAGAUCCAAACCAAAAAAGGAAGAAAGCGGAUGCCCCCGGAGGAGCCAGUGCGGGCAGCCAGGGCUCCGAGGGCCAGCGGCUGUCCCCGUCCGCCCACGGCUCUGAGCAGGUCCCAGAGCUGCUGCUCCACUGCGUGCUCCUCAGGCUACCUGGUCGACUCUCCCUCCGACCCGAUCGUUUACAGUGAAGGCCGCAUUCACAGAAACUCAAGGACCACUACUCUCUCCUCCUAGUUUACUCCUGGCUCCCGCCUGCCUGCUGCCCUCCACCCUGCCCGCCGGCCUGACCGAGAACGGGGUCCAGGCUUUGUCUGCCGAGGGCACCCUGGACGCCGGGGGUGUGG